CUCCUGUAGCAGCUUCAGAUGCUCUGAGACAAGAUGUGAGGUCUGUAAAGUCUGUGAAGUGUGUGACUGAUGGUCCUGGACCCUCCGUGAAGGUUGCAGGAGCGUUGCGCGGUGGUUGUGCUGUCCGGUGCUGAGGAGGGGAGGAUGAGCUCAGCGCCCGCCGGGGGGCAGGUAACGUCAGCAGUCGGCCGGAGCAGGGAAACACUGUGCACACACCUACCAAGUGUUUAUCGGCGGCUCAAUCACUGAUCCACAUUAAUAAUGGGCAGCUAAUCAGCUCCGGGUGACUCAGCUCCUGCCUCUUCUUCUCUUCCCGUCUCCGAGCGCCUCGAUCGGCAGCAUCCCGCGCCCUCCGCCUGGCUUGAAAUGGGAUGAUAUGGGAUUUUUCAUGUCGACGAAGAUCGGAGGGAUUCUUGCCUUUGCUUUGGUAUUCCUGUCCCUCAUGGCGUCAGGAGUCUCUGCUGAUGUGAGGUGUGAGAACAUUUACAAGGACUUUUCCGACUGUGUCCUGGAGCUGGGCGAGAGCAUGGACAACUACCAGGAGAACGUGACCAGCGAGAGGGGAGUGGCAGCGGUGUGCAGCCACUGGGAAGCUUUCCACACAUGUGCCCUCACAGCGCUGUCCGACUGUCAGGAGGAAGUCAGCUCCAUCUGGGAGACUCUGAGGCAGGACUCCAGGAAGAUACGCUUCCAGGGGAGUCUGUUUGAUCUGUGCAGCCCCAGCUCCUCUCCCAGCAUAAGUUCGCCUCUCGCUGCUCUCACCCUGCCGCUGAUGGUGGCCAUGACCGGGCCCAGUUGGUCCCCUGCAUAGACGGAGAGCGAGGGGUGAGGCGACGGGAGGGGCGAGGAGGCCUUUCCCUUCCGAGAUCAAACUUAAAGCCAAGGAUUUAAGAGGGACAAAUGUUUUGAGGGAAUAUCUUGACACAGAGCCACGGAUGUCUGAGGCAAGCCAAUCAAUAUUUGCUGUGAUGAAUAAUGUUUGAAAUCCUCUCCAACACUCUCCAGCUUUUUCUUCCCUUAUGGGGAGAAACUGGUGGAGCAGUGGAGAGAAAACUACAGUUCUGAUAUGUCUUUCCAGGCAGAUAAACCCUCCUGUUGUCCUCAUUUAAAGGCACCAAAAAAUAUUGUUUUCUCAUCGGAAAAAAAUCAAAAAAUUCAGCAAAAAAAAUCCCCCAAAUUUCUGAAAAUUUGCGAAACCUUCAGGAAGGAAAAUUACAAUAAUUCCUCAAAAAUUUCCCUUAAAUGUUUUAUUUAAAAAAAACAAAUUUGGCACGAAAAGAGUAAAAAUCUUCUUUAAAAAAAUCCUAAAAAUAUCUAAAGUGAUUAAAGAUACGUCAGUAAAGUUUCUAAGAACAUUCACAUAAAAAUCUACCAAAAUCCAGCGAAAUUCGCUGGAUUUUGGUAGAUUUUAAUGUGAAUGUUCUUAAAGAAACAUUUUUAACAUUUAUUUCCACCAAAAAAUGUUCAAAGACUUCCCAAAAAUGUUGAAAAUGUGGACAUCAGAAGUUUUCACUGUGAAAAUAUAUAUUUUUUGUAACAUUUUCAAACUUUAAACUGGGUCAAUUUUGACGUACAGGACGACACGAAGGUUAAAGCAAAUGCAUUUAUGGGAUUUCAGCUACAAUGUGAUCAAAGUGUGAUCAGUCCAUGGCAGACACCUGUGGCUCUGGGUCUCCAUACAAGGGGUGGACACACUAUCACAUGUACCUGCACAGUCGGACACGAUCCAGCACAGCCUUCAAUGUAUACUACCUUAGAGAAGAUUUUAAUAGUACUUACGGUUUUUAUCAUUCAGUAGUAGGGUGUUUCCGUUAUUGUGUCCACCCCCUGUUCCAUGCAUUAUCUGAUUUCAUCAUGAUGGUUCAAGGAAUAGUUUGACAUUCUGGCGGGCAGGAUUUCACAUCUGAUCAGUGAAUAUGAAGCUACACUCAGCAGCCAGUCAGCUCAGCCUGGAAUGUGGCUCCAAGAAAAAUCACAGUUUUACACUUUUGUACAGAUAUACAGUGUUGAUUUGUGAGGUUUAGAUGUGCUGGCAGGUCGACUUUGACACCCUCGCUCAGAGUCAGUCCAGCUGUUUCCCCUGUUUCUAGUCUUUUUGUUCGGUUGCUGACUGGAACUUCAUAUUUAGUGUGCAGACAUGAGAGCAUCAGGCUGUUACAAGGGUCAAAAUGUCAAACUGCUUCUUUAAUCAAGAGCUACAGUGUAUGUUAGCAUCCAAACACUUAUUUUAAUUUGCAGUGAAUUUGUAUAAAUACGGCCAAGCCAUCAUUAUGUAAUCGUCCAUCAGAAUACAAGAAAACAUUAAAGGGGCACUUCACCGAAAACUAACUGAAAAUGUUUUUGAAAUUUGUUCCUGAAAAACUACCAAAUCGGACAUUUAUCUGACUGAAUCAAUUGAACCACAACAAAACAAUAUUUAGACAUACUGUUGAGCGAAAUGCCCCUUUAAUUUUGUUCUAAAUGCUAUUAAAUGUCGUAGUUAAGUGACAAUCAAGCAACUUGUAUACAUCUUUCGAUCCCUUUUCCCUUACGACACUUCAGCUCUCUGUGGCUGAUGUUGCACGGCUGCUAUAAAGACACCAAAAACCGACAUCUGAUGCCUGCGUCUCACUCAACCCUUGUUUCAGUUCACUCAUAGCUCUCUUUAGGUUUCUGACCGGUUUGUGGAAAAAGAAAAUCUAAAGUGUGAAUGUUCAGUGCUGUGAAAAUGUUCAUGCUGGAUUGCUCCAGUAACAUGGAGAACGCUUUGAAAACACAAAUCGAUGUCAUGAUGCAGCACAAUAUAUAUAUGUGUAUAUAUAUAUAUAUAUAUAUAUAUAUAUAUAUAUAUAUAUAUGUCAGGGUAGAGACUGCGAUUUGGUAGAGUUGGAGUUUCUACCAGUAGAGAUUACGAUUGGAGUCUCUACCAGUAGAAUUGGAGUUUCUACCAGUAGAGAUUGUGAUUGGAGUCUCUACCAGUAGAAACUCCAAUCCUACCAGUAGAGAUGGAACUUUAAACCUGACCCCUGCCCUGACCCCUGACCCUAACCUUAAAAGUCUAACCUUAGCCCUGACAAAUCUCUGCUGGUAGGAUUGGAGUCUCUACUGGUAGAGACUCCAAUCGCAAUGUCUACCGGUAGAAACUCCAAUUCUACUGGUAGAGGUUGCGAUCGCAAUCUCUACUGGUAGAAACUCCAAUUCUACCAAAUCGCAGUCUCUACCCUGACAUAUAUAUAUAUAUAUAUAUAUAUAUAUAUAUAUAUAUAAACACACAUGAUUCUGUUGAACAAUUAUUACACUUUUUAUGCAACAUUUAGCUUAAACUGUUGAACUGUAUUUGAUUAUAAAGAGAGGUAUCUCUAUAAUUUAGUGUACCCUCAUUGAUGUAAAGAGAGUGGACAAAUUAUUAGAAAAAACCUGUCAAUAAAAUGCAACAAAACAGAUCAACGCCUCUCAAAAACACUUCAGUAUUCUGUUGCUAUUUGCACCUAAUAAAUUGGCAAAUUUAAAGCGGAUUUCAGUUUAGACAAGAAUUUUUAAUCGCUAACGAAAUAUGGAUUAAAUGCAAUGCCGAAACAAUGGCUAGUUUUUGUAAAAUAUAUGAAACAUUUGCAUGAUUUGUAUUUCAAUCAAAGAUCUACCAUUGGAUUGCAUUAUUAUUAUUAUUACAUUGACCAAUAUUCAGAUUUCAAACGGUGCUAUGUGCUUUUAAUCCUACAAAGUGGAGAAACUUAAGCUGUAUUUUACCCCAAACCUACAAGCUUCAAAGGCAACAAAAAGAAAGAAAAGCACAGUGAAAUCAGUAUGAGUGCUGCAGUUUGUGUAACAUUUGACUAAUUUAACAACUAAGCCAGGUGAUUUAUCACUAAUUGUAAAGAUCUUUUAUGAAAUCAUGACAAAAGUCCAAAUGUUUUCACUCUCACUACAAUAACACUCCCCCCUCGGUUCACAGCACAUUAUACUAAAGGAGCAAUAGCAUCUUUUUGUUUUGAUUAUCAUGUGUUUAUCUGGUGUUUUUUUUUUUCCAAAACUGUGUCACCAUUUGCAUAUUUCCUUUAUACCAACAGUUCUAACAGACAUCAUCAAAAAUGUGGAUAAUUCCUGUGGUCCUGAAUAUUUUCUGUCAUCUAUUUUAUCACAAGUGCAUGAGAAUUUAUGUGGCAGUGCUUUAAGAAAAUCGGCGGUCUGUUAGUUUUUACUUUGGACAAAAUGUACAGUGGUCUUGAUCUGUGCAUGAAGCUAGGCUAGCUCCUCUGUGUAACCUCCGUUAUGCAGAUGUAUUAUCCACACACACCACCUCCUCCUCCCUUGACCCCAUUAGCAUGUUUGUUGUAGUUGUUUCUGCUUAUUUCAUCCAUUGUGUGUCUGGCGGUGACGAUACAAAGACAGCUGUGACGUCCUCAAAGCAUGAGCAAUACGUACAGUCACUUCUCAGACGGGGACUCUUAUCCAUUCGUAUGCUGGUGAAGAAAGCAUGAAAAUGAUUGUGAUCAUUACGCCAUAACAACCUCCCCUAUUGACAGUUUAAACGUGGGAAGAACUCCUGAAUGUAAAAACAAGUCCAGUGUCCAUGUGGUUUUUCAGUUUACUCAUAAAAAGUACACUAUUUACAAGACUGUAUUAAGCAAUAUAUGGAAAUGUGUUUGUAAUAAUAAAGCACCACGGUUGAAACUUA